AUGUCUGACGACGAGCACCACGAGACCUUCGAGCAGGCCGGCGCCGGCGCCUCGCUCACCUACCCCAUGCAGUGUUCCGCUCUCCGCAAGAACGGUCACGUCGUCAUCAAGGGCCGUCCCUGCAAGAUCGUCGACAUGUCCACCUCGAAGACCGGCAAGCACGGUCACGCCAAGGUCCACCUUGUCGCCAUUGACAUCUUCACCGGCAAGAAGCUCGAGGACAUCUCCCCCUCGACCCACAACAUGGACGUCCCCAACGUCCGCCGCACUGAGUACCAGCUCCUUGACAUCGCCGACGGCUUCCUCUCCCUCAUGGACUCCGACGGUGGCUCCAAGGCCGAAGACGACGUCAAGAACCCGGACAACGACGUCGGCAAAGAGAUCGAGCAGGCGUUUGAGAAUGGGAAGGACAUCAUGGUCACUAUCCUCACCGCCAUGGGCGAGGAGCAGGCCGUCUCCUGGAAGGAGGCUCCCCAGUCGUAA